AUGAACAUCUCUGAACGACACCAUAUCAACAGGCCUGAGAAGCUGGACAAGCCAGAGAGCUGUGACAAUGUCAAGGUGGUGGUUCGGUGUCGGCCCCUGAACGAGCGAGAGAAAACCAUGGGCUACAAGAUGGCAGUGCACGUGGAUGAAAUGAGAGGAACUAUAACUGUUCAUAAAACAGACUCAUCCAACGAGCCUCCAAAGACGUUUACGUUUGACACCGUGUUUGGACCAGAGAGCAAACAGCUGGAUGUCUAUAAUUUAACAGCAAGGCCUAUUAUUGACUCUGUCCUCGAAGGAUACAAUGGUACUAUUUUUGCAUAUGGGCAGACUGGAACAGGCAAAACUUUCACCAUGGAAGGGGUCCGAGCCAUUCCUGAGCUUAGAGGCAUCAUUCCCAAUUCCUUUGCCCAUAUAUUUGGUCACAUUGCCAAGGCAGAGGGGGAUACAAGGUUUUUAGUUCGUGUGUCUUACCUGGAAAUUUACAAUGAGGAAGUGCGGGACCUGCUAGGAAAGGACCAGACCCAGAGAUUAGAGGUUAAAGAGAGACCUGAUGUGGGAGUUUAUAUCAAAGACCUUUCAGCUUAUGUCGUAAACAAUGCAGAUGACAUGGACAGAAUCAUGACUCUGGGCCACAAGAACCGUUCUGUGGGUGCCACCAACAUGAACGAGCACAGCUCCCGCUCACACGCCAUCUUCACCAUCACUAUCGAGUGCAGUGAGAAGGGGGUGGAUGGGAACAUGCACGUGCGCAUGGGCAAGCUGCACCUCGUGGACCUUGCUGGCUCUGAAAGACAGGCAAAGACUGGAGCCACAGGGCAGCGACUGAAGGAAGCUACCAAGAUCAACCUGUCUCUUUCUACCCUGGGGAAUGUGAUCUCUGCCCUGGUGGAUGGCAAGAGCACCCACGUGCCCUACCGCAACUCCAAGCUCACUCGGCUCCUCCAGGAUUCCCUGGGGGGCAACUCCAAGACCAUGAUGUGUGCCAACAUCGGUCCCGCCGACUACAACUACGACGAGACCAUCAGCACCCUGCGCUACGCCAACCGCGCCAAGAACAUCAAGAACAAGGCCCGCAUCAACGAGGACCCCAAGGACGCUCUGCUCCGCCAGUUCCAGAAGGAGAUCGAGGAGCUGAAGAAGAAGCUGGAGGAAGGGGAAGAGAUCUCUGGUUCUGAGAGCAGUGAUUCUGAAGAGGAGGAUGAAGAUGACGACGGGGAGGUUGGAGAGGAUGGGGAGAAGCGGAGGAAGCGGCGGGGCAGUAGCAGCAGCAGUAGUUCAGACUCCACAUGCUCUGUCAUAGAGAAACCUCUGGAUAAGUCCUUCACUAAUCAAGCAGGCAAAAAGAAAGUUUCCCCUGAUAAGAUGAUAGAGAUGCAAGCAAAGAUUGAAGAGGAGAGAAAGGCUCUUGAAACUAAGCUUGAUAUGGAAGAAGAAGAAAGAAAUAAAGCCAGAGCUGAACUGGAGAAGAGAGAAAAAGACUUGCUUAAAGCUCAACAAGAGCACCAGUCCCUCCUGGAGAAACUGUCUGCACUGGAGAAGAAGGUGAUUGUUGGAGGAGUGGAUUUGCUGGCAAAAGCAGAGGAGCAAGAGAAGCUUCUAGAAGAAUCAAACAUGGAACUGGAAGAGCGGAGGAAGAGAGCAGAGCAGCUUCGCAAGGAGCUGGAGGAGAAGGAGCAAGAACGCUUGGACAUCGAGGAGAAGUACACCAGCCUCCAGGAGGAAGCACAGGGGAAAACCAAGAAGCUGAAGAAAGUUUGGACCAUGCUUAUGGCUGCAAAAUCAGAGAUGGCAGAUCUGCAGCAGGAGCAUCAGAGGGAGAUUGAAGGAUUGCUGGAGAAUAUUCGACAGCUGAGCAGGGAGCUCCGUCUCCAGAUGCUCAUCAUAGACAACUUCAUUCCUCAGGACUACCAGGAAAUGAUUGAAAACUAUGUCCACUGGAAUGAAGACAUAGGAGAAUGGCAGCUGAAAUGUGUUGCAUACACGGGAAACAACAUGAGGAAGCAGACACCUGUCUUGGAUAAAAAGGAGAAAGAUCCCUUUGAAGUGGACCUUUCCCACGUUUACUUGGCUUACACUGAAGAAAGCUUGAGGCAAUCUCUGCUGAAGCUGGAGAGGCCGAGAACUGCAAAAGGAAGAUCCAGGCCCAAGACGGGCAGAAGAAAACGUUCAGCAAAGCCAGGAGCCGUCAUUGACUCUCUGCUGCAGUAG